AUGUCCCCUCUCAGAGGUUACAUCACAUCAUACCCGCCCCGUGUGCGCCAAUAUGGCAAUGCGCUUCUCACCCCGAUUAUCCCACCCAGCCAAGUUGGCCCGACUUCACGGACGACCAAGCGAGGAACCGCCGCUAUCAAUUAUGCGGAAGAUGGUUACGACGAUGAAGACUUUGAGGACAGCGAGGGUCCUCGGCGGCCAACCGGGCUAAGGAGCCUUCGACGGGAAGAGUCAACGUUCGACAAGGUGCCACUGGCGGAGAAGCUGGGGAAAGAGAUACACGCCCCUGUUGAGGUCCAAGGGGUUUUUCGCGAUUGGAUGAUCAAGAGAAUGUUGCGACCAGCUUGCGCCGAUCAACUGCAAAUCCAAGCGCAGCUUCCUCUUACCCUUAUACCUAUCCGAAUUGAUUUGGAGGCGCUGCCUGCCUAUCGCAUCAAAGACACGUUCCUUUGGAAUCUUCACGAGGCUCUUGCGACUCCCGAAGAGUUUGCCGUAGGAUUCGUUCGCGAUAUGGACCUACCGAAUCCCCAGGCCAUGACGAUGGCUAUUAGCAACCAGAUUCGUCAACAAUUGGAAGAAUAUGCCGGCGUUGCCCUGCAUCCCAUACUAAACCCGGAUGACGCGUAUCGGUGCAUGAUCAACCUAAAUAUCAACUUGCAAAACAAACUGUACACGGACAAGUUUGAAUGGUCUCUAUUGCAUCCUCCGGGUAUGGCGGAGGAGUUUGCCAGAAUUACGUGCGCGGACCUUGGUCUAGGUGGGGAAUGGGUCGGGGCCAUUGCGCAUGGCAUCUACGAAGCCGCUCUGAAAUUGAAGAAAGAAGUAUGCGAAAGUGGUGGACUCAUCAGCGGCAUGGGUGGUUAUGGUAAUGAGAUCGACAAUCAAGCUGCCAACGGCGCGGAGGCGGGCUGGCGUUACGAUCCCGAGGGACUAGGCGACGAAUGGGAACCUAAGGUGGAAACGCUGUCAAAGGAGGAAAUUGAGAAGCGUGAGGGUGAUCGCGAACGUCAGAUUCGUCGUCUACGUCGAGAGACGGCCAGAUUCUCCUCGACUGCGGGCAUAACGCCCGACGCCUCCCGACAGGGCAGUGGUUACUUUGACGUCGACAGUGAGACGCCGCUCGGAAGAGGCGAGCGGAGCAAACGGAAGAGACGAUUCCGCAGCCUGAGUCCCUCGGGGAGAGGAGGAACCCCUGGAGGACGAGGGACUCCGGACACUGGUUCAGGAGCUGGCUAUGGUGGAGGUGGCGGUACACUUGCUGACUGGGAGCGCCAAACUUGGAGAUGCACCAACUGUAUGGUUUGGGGUACGGCGGUUUGGGCCGUACGAGAUGGCCCAGCAGGUCCAAGAACGCUCUGCCACAACUGUGGUCUUUUGUACGAACGAGACAAGGUGGCCCCCGAAUGGUCCAGAGAUCUACACCGUCACGAUAUGCCCAUCGGCCGGUAG